GGAAGGAAAAUCUGUCAUUCCCCUCAAUCCUUGGGAAUUUCCAACAAAACGUUCUUUCCGGAAUUAUUUCCUUCGUGAGUGAACAGGACCCUUUCUCCUAAAUACCUACCUCUCUUCGUAGACCUCUGUUUCCAACAGAUGUGACAAAUGUCCUCGUCCUCCCGCCGCCGCAAAUAUCACCGUCCUUCGCGGCCGGAGUGGAGGGACUGGUAGGCGCUGCCUUCCGACAUCAUGUACAUCAUCCUCAGACAGCUCCCGCAGCCCGACAUCCUCCGCGGAGCCGGUCUCGCUUGCUCGUCGUGGCGGCAGGUAGCCACCGACGAGCCCCUGCUGUGGCGCCACAUCGACCUCGCCGCCGCCAACGAAGACGCUCCUCCUGCGUGGCCGUGGGCGGCGAUGGGGUGGCUGCCGAUGGCUUGCGCCGCCGUGGACCGCAGCGCCAGCCGGUGCGAGUCCUUCCGCGGCCGCGUCGACUUCGAUUUCCUCCUCUACCUCGCCGACAAAGCGCCGUCGCUGAGGAGCCUCGAAAUUACGUCCUGGUUCUCGACGAUGGACUGGUUCACUACGGAUCAGCAACAGUUCGUCGAUGGGGUGAUCAAGAAGCUCCCGCUGCUGGAGAAGUUCGUGGUCUCGAGCGGCCGGUUCUACGGGCCCGUCUGCAGGCUCUCGUCGACCACUGCCCGCGGCUCCGGACGCUCGACGUCGGCGGCUGCGGGAUGACUUGCUGCCCGAUCGGCAAAAGACGCGGCGAGAGGUGGCUGCGCACGAUCAAAGAGCUCUGGCUUCCCAAGUUUGAAGCCUCCAAACUUGAUCAGGAAUUUGCAGACAAAUAUGAUUGUUGCCGCCAUUGCACUUUUGCGCGUCUUCAUCGUGCACGUCUAUCUGAAUCAUGAUGCUACUUCCCUGUUUCAAUUUUGCCUAGAAAGCUUAAGAUCUCGUCUACCAAUACUGUCAAUUUUUUUUUUGAAUGUUUGCUCACAUUUGUUGGAAAUGGAUUCAUGAUUUCUUGGAACUUCUCUCCAUUCUUUUGGAAGCUGCCCAAGAUUUGUUGAAAGUUUGUGCCGCAAUUUCUGAAGUUCAUCAGAAAGAAAUUCAGAAACAGUGAUCAGGCGAUUACAGAUGGCACAAAUGGCCGUCAAUUUCUAGCGAUAGAGACAACCAGAGAGAAAUGAGGAACAUAAUGACAUGUCCUGUUUGUGAAAACGAUGGACAGAUACAGAUCGCCGUAGGUCGGGUCCUGCACCUCAA